AUGCUUGGGGUUGAGAUUUUUCUAUUUCUCUUGUUGUGUCGAGAAUUGGUGAGCGCCAAAUGUGGACAACAGCAGGGACAAUUCGCGAAUGCGCUUUUCUCGAAAAAUACGAGUGCCGUGGUCUCGAAAGGGAAUUCGGGGAAAAUAUCGAAUGAUAUCAUCGGGGGAAAUCAGGCGUAUCUCGGGCAAUGGCCUUGGCAAGCAUUGAUCGAAUUCAGCAAUUCACACGGCCAGUCGACAUUGUGCGGGGGUACAUUGAUCUCAGCACAACACGUGUUAACAGCUGCACAUUGCGCCGUAGAAUUCGAAAAUCGACCCAGUCUAGCGAGCGUCUGGGUUGGAUUGAUCGAUUCUCAUCGGAAAUCUCCAGGCAUCUUUGUUGGGGUAGCUGCCGUCUCAAUUCACAGUGGAUACAAUGGGAAUCAAAAAGAGUUCGAAAACGACAUUGCUGUGGUUACGCUAGGACAAGCCGUCACAUUCAGCACAACAAUUCAGCCGAUUUGUUUACCAGAAAAGGACUCGAUUCCGAGUGGCGAUUUUGUGGUGACCGGCUGGGGUCUUUACAAUCGCACAUCGAUCAGCAAAGACGCAAGCCAAUUUCUUCUUUACUCUCCAUUACCAAAUGUACCGCUUGACACAUGCAGAAAUCUCUGGCAAUCGCUUUCCGCCGACUACACUACGGAUGGUUUUGUGCCAAUGGACACGCAAAUUUGCGCCGGAUCAAACGGACAUGGAACUGCACAAGGUGAUAGUGGCGGGCCAUUGUUAAUAAAAAAUGGGGACGGAAGUUGGACGCAGGUUGGUGUCACAUCUUUUGGGAUAAACGAGGAUCCAUUUUACUAUAAUCAAGGCAGAGCACCAGGUAUUUACACAAGAUUGUCAGCCCAUUGUGAUUUCAUCAAGAAAGCCUCGGAUCAAACAGCUACUUGUGGAGCGAAUUUGCUAACCAUUCACAAAAUGAUUGGCAUUUUCUUGUUGCUAUUGAAUUACGAGAAUCACGUGACAACUUGUGGAGGGACACUCAUCUCGGAAAGACACGUGUUGACAGCUGCACAUUGUGCUGUCAUGAUUCAACACUCUCUCGACCAAGCGCGAGCCUUUGUCUCAACGAUUCAUUCAAAGAAUGAAGAUCGGGGAAUCUCGUUGGAGAUAGCAUUUGUGAAAAUCCACGACGAAUACGAUUUCCGGACGAACAGGAACGAUAUCGCAGUGUUAACCUUAGCAAAAGCGCUCUCCUUCAAUCCGACGAUUCAGCCGAUUUGUUUCGCUGAGAAGAAUUUCGAAUUCCCAUCAGAUGCUCGAUUUUGGACCGCUGGUUGGGGUGCAUAUAAUCGCGGUAAAUCGAUUGUAAUCGAAGCAAGUGAUCGCCUUAUGUAUACCAGUUUACCAAAUGUGAACCUCAAAGAGUGCAGGCGCCUUUGGGCUACCCUCACCGCCGAUCAUUUGCAGGGUUUUGAGCCAGAUUUCGAUUCCACCCAAAUUUGUGCCGGGGAUGAUGGACGAGGAACAGCUAUGGGUGACAGCGGAGGGCCACUGAUGAUCGAAAAAAACGGGACUUGGAUACAAGUUGGAAUCACCUCAUUUGGAAUAAACAACGACCACACUCUGCUCUACAAUCAAAAGAGAGCUCCAGGUAUUUACACGAGAGUCUCCGCCUAUCAUGACUUCAUCGAAAAAUCGCAGCUUCAUUCGAUGGUUUCCUCGGAUAAUUCCACAUCAACACAUCACAUCAUUUGUGUCGGGAUUUUCUCUUUUCUCGUGUUGACAUUUCUUUAUUUGGCAUUUUAUCAA